AUGUUGUUUCCAAUCCUCCUCCUCUCCACUAUAGUCAUCCCAACGGCUUGUGUUCCUUUUGGGAAAGACAAGGGUGUCGUGCUGUUCAGCUGUCCUCCUGAAGGUGCCUGCUAUGCGAGUCCACGAAACUGCCUCGACAACUGUAAUGCGGCAUUCAGUAUACGGUCAUACGACAACGACACGGUAACGUUCGAUAUCGCAAUGAUGUCCCCGCUCAGCUACACUGCUGUGCUCUUCAAGAACCAGGAAAGUGGGAAAUUCGAGACGGCCUUCAUCUGUUCAUUCCACUCGCGGUAUGGCAUUGUCGCUAGAGUGAACGAUCCCCCUCGGCCGGUUUUCUUGAUGGAUUUCAUCCACACCACCGAGCCUGAGGGUCGCACGGAUUCGAUCCACACGCGCUGCUCGACCACCAUAUUCAUGGCACCACUACCCGCCGAUGGAGAAUACAGGAUGACUGCUGGACAUUGGACAAAUACACUAGUGAUAGACGAAGACCUUGCGAUAGAUGUGGCACCGGCCGUAAAGAACGCUCGAAUACUCUCCACUAACGAGAGGGUUACAAUUCCUUCACGUAAAGUGCCGGUUUUCCGCGCGUCAGAGACGGAGGGCGUUAACGAUAUGAUGACGUCGGAGUCCUUUACACAGCGACGACAGUUUGAGGACAGAAUGUGGCAGGAAAAAGGGGUACGAUACACGGAAGAUUGUUUGGGAGAAAGGGGUCAUGGAGAUUCUAUUGGUGUAUUUUUGUCCUUUAUCCGAAAGAUUGUAGUGUGGAUCAUCCUUUUUUGA